GUUUAAUAUUUUGUGGUAUGAUUUUGUGUUGUACUUACUCAAUAUCAUUUGCGGAUCCAAUCGUAACGAAUUCUUUACCAACAGAAGACGAAUUUGUGCAAAUGUUAGAGCCGGAGCAAGUAAAAUUAUGGACUGAUAUAAGAAGUCAAUUACAAGAUGCAACUGAAAAGGCUGUGCAAGAGAAUUUAAACAUAAAUGAAGUACGAAAUAAUGCUACUGUUAGUGCAUUACAAGACUUUACUAAUGCACUGGAGCUUGAACAACGCGCAUUCCUACGUGGUCGAAGCUUGGGUCGUCGGCUUGGCUGUUCGGUAGCAUGCCGGCUUAUAAGUAGUGGUCGCUAA